UUUCUCCCUCCCUUUAAUCCCAUUUUAUAAUGUUUUCUCUGUUUCCUAAUAGUCCAAUUCUGUACUUCUCUCUUGCUUUCCUUUCCUGUUCUCUUCCCCUCCCCUUCCCAAGGAAAACCUUUGGCUGUCCUCACCAAUGCCUCUCGGUCUUAGAUUUCCUUCAACCCCUUGCAUCAAAGAAUACGAUGCAAUCACCGACCAUUUCACUUAAAUGCCUUAUUCCCUCCUUCCAAUCUCUCAAAGAUUGAGAAAAAGAUGAGCUUUUUUCCCCCUCUUGGUCCUGUGCUAGCCAUUCCUUGUUUCUUUGGUUUUCCUUUGAUGCUUCUUUCCUCAUUCCAAUCAAGGGGUUUCUAAGAACACAUGCUGGCUUUACCCUGCUUGGAUGCCACUGUAGCCACGUUUCUUCCUUAGUUUCCAUUGAGUUGUUUUGGGGCUAUUACUUUUGGUGUGGAAGCUUCAUGUCUUAAAGCUCUGAAGAAGCCCUUCGCUUGGCUAGAUCAACGAGAUCAGACCACCAGAGAAAAGAAAAUGUCAGCUGAUGGUCCAUUAAAUGCUGAAUUAUCACAGAAGACACCAGUUUUUGGUCUGAGACUUUGGGUUGUGAUUGGCAUCUGCAUUGGUGUAUUAAUCGUGUUUAUUCUCUCUAUUUUAUCCAUAUGGAUAACAUCCAAGAGGAAGACAAGGAUACUUCACAACAUGCCAAUCUCACAUAUUCCAAAUGUCUCAAAGGAAAUUGCUGUGGACAGGGUUGGUAACCAAUGCUUAGCUCAAAGCCUUCAGGAGCGUGAAGGGCCUUUCUUCCGCUCACAUGACAAAUUUAGUGACAUGGAUUCGGGAAAGACACUUGCCCACCUGACCAGGAGCAAAUCAAGUGAUGCUGACAAUGUUAGCCAGUGCAGCUCUGCCUACCUCAAUGACAGGGCUGGGAGUUCAUAUUCUGGAGAUGAAGGCAGCUCGGGACCCACGAGGAAAGCAUAUCCAGCAUAUGCACUUGUAUCUGCAUCUCCUUUGGUUGGAUUGCCAGAGUCCUCGCAUUUGGGUUGGGGUCACUGGUUUACUCUAAGGGACCUUGAGCUUGCUACAAAUCGUUUUUCCAAGGAGAAUGUCCUUGGGGAGGGUGGAUAUGGAGUUGUUUAUCGGGGACGUUUGAUCAAUGGGACUGAUGUUGCAGUAAAGAAGCUUUUAAACAAUCUGGGACAGGCAGAGAAAGAAUUUAGGGUGGAAGUUGAGGCCAUUGGUCAUGUUCGACACAAGAAUCUAGUGAGGCUUUUGGGAUAUUGUGUAGAAGGAAUUCAUAGGAUGCUUGUGUAUGAGUAUGUCAACAAUGGGAAUCUAGAGCAGUGGCUACAUGGAGCUAUGCGUCAACGUGGUGUACUUGGUUGGGAGAACCGCAUGAAUGUCAUCCUUGGCACUGCAAAGGCGCUUGCUUAUUUGCAUGAAGCAAUUGAACCAAAAGUUGUGCACCGAGAUAUUAAGUCAAGUAACAUCUUGAUUGAUGGUGAAUAUAAUGGAAAGAUAUCUGAUUUUGGAUUGGCUAAGCUUCUAGGUUCAGACAAAAGCCAUAUCGCCACUAGAGUAAUGGGAACAUUUGGGUAUGUGGCUCCUGAAUAUGCUAACACUGGACUUUUAAAUGAGAAGAGUGAUGUUUAUAGUUUUGGAGUACUGGUACUGGAGACUGUGACUGGCAGGGAUCCUGUGGAUUAUGGCAGGCCGGAAAAUGAGGUGAAUCUAGUGGAGUGGCUUAAGAUGAUGAUUGGAAGUAGAAGGGCAGAGGAAGUACUGGAUCCAAACCUUGAGGUCAAACCAGCUACACGGGCUCUUAAACGUACACUAUUAGUUGCACUGAGAUGUGUUGAUCCUGAUUCUGGUAGAAGACCCAAAAUGGGCCAGGUUGUUCGAAUGCUUGAAGCAGACGAAGCAUCUUAUCGUGAGGAUCGGAGAAACCGAAGGAGUCAGCCAGGAAGUACAGAGAUAGAGGCCCUGCAGGAGAGUAACAGUGUGAGCGAUCUGGAAAAUAGAGUACGAAUACGAGAGAAUCGAACAUCCGAAGGGUUUCAAGCGUAAGGGUGGUCAUCGUAUGUACAUCAAGAGUUCAGCUAUUCACAUUUUCCCUUUUCUAACAAUUCUGUGUCAUCUGUUUGAGAUCGACCGCAAAAUAUGUUCUUUUAGUAUGCUGUUAUUUCAGCCAGUAUCAAUUAGGUGAGCCAAGAGGAAGAGCAAACUCAUCAUUUUGGAAGUGUGUGAAAUCCUACUUAUAUUUCUUGUACAGAUAUCCAUCUUUAACUUGGAAAUCUUAAUCAGUGUUAUAUACUAUGCCUCUGUCUAUUUUGUUCUUU